AGUGACAGUAAAAGGACAAAAUAAGACAUUUGUCAUCUUGUUUUAUAGAUGAAACAACAAAGCAUAAUAAAUAAUAUUAAAUGCACCAAGAAAUCAAAUGGAAUUUAAGUAUUUUGUGAAGUAGUUCACAAGCGAGGGAAAGCUGGAUAUUAAAAGGUGCAUUGUUGUGGUGAUGAAGAGCUCCGGUUAAUUCGAUUUUGAGUCCUGUCCGAGAUAAUCAAAAGUAGCUGAACAGAACUUUCAAUAAAAAACAUUUCAAAGAAGAAAAGACAAUAAAGCAAUAUAAUAGCCAGCAAAACAAUCAUUUGUUGAAGACAAAGAAUCAUUAAAAAGAGACAAAUUCUAAAAAAGUUUGUCUUUCUAAAACUAAAAACACAAGAAAUCAUUAAAAGGACUAAAAUGUUACAGUAAAACAUUUUAAAAAUAAUCUUUAAAAAUAAAAUACUUUAGAAAAGACGAUGUAAACUAACUGGGUUCUCAUCAGGGAUAAGUGAAGGCAAACAAACAAAACCUCAAACUACUUUUGUUGACAAUAAAACAAUAAAAACACAUUAAAUUACAUAAAAAGACCAUAAAAUGCUACAUAAGGGCAAUGAAACAUUAAAAAGACAAAAUUAAUUAUCAAAAAAAGUAUAAAAAAGACCAUAAAAGAUUGAAAUGACAGUAAAUUGUUAAAAAAGACAGUAUAAUUUCUUUUUAUCAUGCUUAGAAAAGAUGAGAAAACAUAAAUAUAACAUUGUGUAAGAUAAUAAAGCUAAUUAGGGCAACACAUUGGGGCUCAUUGGGGAUAAAUGAAGUAAACUAAACAUUACGUUUGACCCUUUUGGCUUCUUUAGUCGUGCGUAAAGGUGAAGCAGAAACAAACCUACCUACAGCCGGCAGGACGGUGCUUUUAGCCUCAAGAGCAACCUGCAUUCGACCGACUCGUAUGUGAGCGAUGAGCGAAGUUAAACCGGCGUGGAACAAAACCACCUGCAAGACAAUACGUUGGGUUUAUCAGGUGCUGAGGAGGUCAAGGAACAAACUGUAAGAAUUUAGUCUCAAAGUAACCAAAGCCGAUUGGUUGGAGUGGAAUUCGUCCUUAGAUUAGUUGGAUUCAUCAGGUUUCUUUGUAAUGUUAAUAUUUUUUCUCUGUCUGAAAGCACUUUGGGUCAAUUUCUGUGGUCUGAAAUGUGAUACAAAAUGACAGCAACUUAAUUAAUCAGCACAGAGCAAAGAAGCCUCACAGAGCCUGAAAACAGAUAACUGUGAGAUAAAGUAGUAUAUCGUCUGCGUAUAGCUUUAUAUAACUCUUCUUAAUUCAUCUGAGACCGUUGCAGUGUAUUGUAAUAAUGAUCUUUUAAAGUUUGGUCUAUUUUAUGCUCAGGACAAGUUGCAUUUUUCCACUUUGAUUGUUAGAACAUCGUUGUGAGCACUGUUCCCUCUAAGCUGCGCGCGUGCGCAAUUGCGCACUGCUGACACGGUCUCCGCGCACAGAAAAUCUGCGCUGCGCACAAAAAAAAAAUCCAACCUAAAUUGUAAAUAAAAUAAACACAUAACAGUUCAUUCUGUGCUGUUUUUCAAUGUGAGUCAGUGAGUGACCGGUGACUGGCUGCUGCAGCCAAUGAUGCGAUUCACAUACGUAUUUACCAUAGACUGUAUAUAAUGGUAUUUACGCAGCUAAUCAACGUCAGGCGUCCUUAUGUGCAGCCACCGUUGUUGUCAUAGAUAUGAAUGAGUAGACAGGACACGCCCCUUUGAGCUGCGUGCUACAGCGAGGCUAAGCUAGUGGGGGAAAAGUUUCAGUGCAUUCCGUUGAUGUAGACAGCGUGAAAACGGAAACAACAAGUAUGCCAGCUCACUGUGCUGCAUACAGUUACACACUGCGUCGUACGAUUGAGACAAGCAAACUUGGAAUGACUUUUCAUAGGUUUCCCAGAGACUAUGGGUUGAGGAGGAAUUGGAAGUUUGUCGGCUUAGACCUGGUGUCAUUCCAUCAGUGUUAAACUUCCCGGCUCAUCUUGGAAGAGUACGUGCCAGAAAGACCACGACCAAGCAGCCUUGAGAUCUUAGACAGCAUCUCCCUGAGACCAAAGAACUACAGACUCUUCACAACCUGCUCAAACUCUUGGUACAGGACCUCACCACACGGGUCAAGAAGGUUUCUGUCUCAUUUCUACUCUGAAGCUCACCUUCUCCUGCUCAAACUGCUGACAAAUGUUUCUGCUGCUCUAAAGUCUGCUCUCCAGAACUUCCUAAAAACUCUCAAAGUCUCUUCUGCUGCAGGUUGCUUUGUAGAACUGUUCCAGAAAACCUCACUAAACCACAUGGAGGGGCCUCAAGAUAGUCGUCCAAAUGAAACCAUACAAAAACCAAACUAGCACAACCCAAACGCUAAAGUCUCCUGCAGCCUACCAGAGAACCUCUGAGAACAGAGAAUCAGGACAGGAACUCUUACCUUCUGGACAACCAACGCUGGUUCUCAAACAAGAAUACAGAAUGUGUCUGACCAAAAACCUCUGAAGACUCACUACAGCCAAGAUAAAGACACAACUCAGCUGCAUCAAAUCCACUAAUCACUGCACACAUUAGCACCAUGUGCCAACUGUGGCUAAAGAACCACAUUUACCAAGAGAACUAUCCAGUACAAAGUCCUAAAACACACCAAGAAACACAUUAAAGAUGAUUUUACUGCUGGAAGCUGCAAGCCAACGCCUAAAGAACAAACUCAAGCAAUGGAGCCAAACCCAGUUCACUGGUGAAGAGAAACAGAGGAAAUGUUUGUCUGCAGCCACAUAAAGCAGGAAGACACUGAGCUGCUCAGGUGUUCCUGAUAACACCAAGCAGCCACCUGGACAGCCAAUAGGAACACAGCUUCCUGGAAGUCCAGAGGGCGGGUUGGUCUGAGUCAUCUUUCCAGAUGUGGAGAUGGUGUGGGUGAAGAUUUUUCCAUCGUCAGGAAUCCAGGGACCACAGAUGCUUUCAGACGUCUGACAGUGAACGAAAACAGCAGAAAGCUGGUCCGACCGAGCCGUGAUGACGUCAGACGGUCUCUGUCGCUACGGUAACAGCGUGGAGUGUUGCUGGGGCUGGAGGCCAACGGACCGAGGACGAUGUCAGCCUGACUGUCAGCAGGGAUGUAAACAUGGCGACUGCGUCGGACCCGACAGAUGCAAGUGUCGCCCCGGAUACACUGGCAAGGCCUGUAACCAUGACCUGAAUGAAUGCGGCCUGAAGCCUCGGCCCUGCAAACAUCGAUGCAUGAACACAGCAGGAAGCUACAAGUGUUACUGUCUGGAUGGAUUCACCCUGCAGGAGGACGGCAGCUGCAGGAAUGCUCGGACCUGUUACCAUGCCAACUGUCAGUACGGCUGUGAGGUCAUCAAGGGGGCGGUCCGAUGCACCUGUCCGUCGCCGGGGUUACGCCUGGGGCCGGACGGACGCACCUGCAUCGACGUGGACGAGUGCUUGUCGGGUCGCUUCGUCUGCGCUCGCCGCAGGAAAUGCGUCAACACGUUCGGCAGCUACACCUGCAGAUGUCACCUGGGAUUCAGACUGAUGUUCAUCGACGGACGCUACUCCUGCAUCGAUAAAGACACUCGGACGUUCUGUUCUCUCAAUCCAUCGUCUCCAAAGUGCAGAUGUAAAGAUGGCAGCUGCAGAGAUGUUCCCAAAGUGAGUCUGGAGCCGCAGAAACCAAGAACUACAACUCCCACCACCACCACUACUACUACUCCUACUACUACUACUACUACUACUACUACUAGUACUACUACUACAGCUCGUCCAACUACCACCACUACUGUCCUCACGACAACCACUACCUUAGCAACAACCAUCCCGGCUACUACAGACGCUGCAACCACCAAAACAACCACUUCAAUACCUACUACUACUACUACUACUAUCACGACAUCUAUUCCUGUUACUACUACUGCUACAACUACUCCUGUUACUACCACUACUACUACCCCAACUACACCACCUCCUACCACCACUAUAAGUACAAGUAUACCAAAUACUCUGGUUACUACAACUGAACUGGAUACUACAACUCCAACAAUACCUCCUCCUCCUCCUCCUCCUACUACUACUCCUACUACUACUACUACUACUACUGCUACUACUCCAAGUACCGCACCUCUUCCUACUAUCACUACUACUACUACUCCUACUACUCCUCCAAGUACCACACCUCCUCCUACUACCACAGUUACCACGGUUACCAUGGUUGUCCCGGUGACGACCACCGUUAGCAACAGGAUCAUCAACGACGUGACGCACAAGCAGAGAGGCGACGUCCACAUUCCUCGACAUCCGGGUCAUAACCAGGUCUGGGAGUUCGACAUUGAGCUGGGAAACACCGCAGACGACGCCAGAGACGAUCCAGAUGUUGGAGUUCUUCACUGCUCCUUUGAUGGUGGAGUUUGUGGCUGGAUGUCGGACGGAGACGGAGAUCUGGACUGGGAAACCGUUGACAACCCUGCAGUUGGAAGAUACCUGUCCGUUCCUGAACUGAAGGCGGGGCAAAGGAGCAUCCGUGGUGCUCGAUUGGCCGUCCAGAUCGCCCCUACCUGGCGCCAUGGCGACCUGUGUUUCUCCUUCUCCCAUUGGCUGACAGGGCAUCACGUGGGCGUGUUGCAGCUGUUCGUCAGGAAAACGGGACGAGACCAAAGGUAUGGUUCUGCCCUCUGGAGCAGGACAGGUGGACAUGGUUGGAGACACACGCAGGUUACCUUGACAACGCAGUCUGUGGACAUGGUGUUGCUGAAGGCCGAGCGCCGGAUUGGACGACGAGGUCAGAUCGCCAUCGAUGAUGUCACACUGAGACGGGGGGCGUGUCGAUGACAUCACUGUGGAAUGAGGAUGUUUUUCUCUUGGGCUGAAUUCAAAGACUCUGGGGUCACAUUUAAAGGACGGACUUGAUGAUUUAUCUGUCGGACGAUUUCACUCCCAGAGACAGAAAAAGAUGAUUUUGGUUUCAAUGUAGUUGAUUUAAUCCUGACUGAAUCUUUAAACAAAUAUCUCUCUGAAGUCUCUAAUUAAUCAAUCAAAUCGAUUAGUUGUCUGGUCUGUAAAUAUCAAUCAGGGUCCAAAACAACCUCCAGAUUUCCUGCAAGUUUUUACAUUUACGAAAUUUUUCUUCUUAAAAAAUACUUUGAUUUUCAAAGUAGUUGGAGAUCAAUAAUAAUAAAAUAUUUAAUAUUAGUUCAGUCACUUUUUUAAAAAGCUUGAGAGUCUUAAAUUUAAUUGGAUAAAAUUCUUAUAUAAAUGUAAGAUUUAUUAAGAUCUUGGGGCUAAAACCAACAGAUUAGCUAAAAUCGACCGACUGUUACAACUUUAAAAAGAAUAAUUUGGUUUAAUUUAAUUAUGCAGUCAGACGUUAUUGUUCCAUAUCAUUUCUGUAGUUAAAACUAGUUCAUACUUCAGUAUUAUGGUUGAAUUCAAAGGUCUAAAAACUUGAACAAACUCUGUCAAAGUAAAGCAGCAGUUAAAAGUCAACUAAGUGGACUUUGCUUUGUUUCAGUGUAAAAUAUUAUCGAGUUUAACUGAAACACAGACGUCACUUUACGCUGAUCUGAGUCUAAGUCUCGUCGGUGUUUUUGGUCUCCACAAUGUUUUCUUUCGGUAGCAUUUUAGAUUAAAUUUACAAGAAUGUUGUUUUAAUUAUGUCAAGUUUGAAAUAAUGAUUUCUGAUUUCCUUUUAUAAAAUGGGUUCUCGUGAAAACAAAACCACUUUUUGUAAAUACAAUACAGAUUUAUUCUGAAAUUAUUUUUUGGUUAAUUUGUCUUUUUAACUGUAUUUUGAUUUCUGUAACCAAUAAGAGUGCCAUUUUAUGAUGAUUUUGAUGACCUUCUAUAUGACAUGCUGCCCUGAAAUUGUAUAAAAUCUUUUUUUUUUAAAACAAAAUAUAAAAACAAAAGAUGUUUUUAAUGACAUUCUGUCAAUGCACAUAAUUUGUCAUUUUUGAUUACUAUUUUACGUCAUACAGAAUUUUGACUUUUUGAUGAAAUGUUUCAUGACAUACUCUAUUUUGAUGAGGUUAUGGAUGAUGUCCUAUAUUAUGACGGUACUGAUGACAUUUUUGAUGACAUUCUAAACUAUACUAUGAUGUUUUUGAUAACAUUUUUGACAACAUACUAUACUAUGAUGUUUUUGAUAACAUUUUUGACAACAUACUAUACUAUGAUGUUUUUGAUGAGAAAUUUUACCACAUACUAAACUAUGAAAUUUUUGACGACAGACUAUACUAUGCUGUUUUUGACAAGAAAUUUUAUGACGUACUAUAUUAUGAUGUUUUUGACAUAAAAUACUAUGUAUCAAAAUCUGUUUUUGUACAUGAUGUCAGUGUUGUCUUUUUCUAUUGGCUCAGCAUGUGUUUCUAUGGCUCACCUCAGGAACCAAUGAGAGGCUAGAGAAGAAGUGACAUCAGGACCUUGGAGGGAGAGCCCUCUCUUAUUUCUUAUGAAGUGUUUUCUCUGUGAAAAAAACAAAAGACUGGGAUUCUUACAAUGGAUGGAAAACAAAGACGUUUCACAUAUACAGAACAGUAUAUAACCAGAUACAGGACAUGUAUUCCUGACUUUACUGUUGUUUUGUAAACACCCAAACACGAGUCUCUCUGUUGAGAACUGAAUGAACUCUGUAAUUCUACACAUGAUAUAAAACUAUAAACUUGCCAAAAAAGGAAA